AAUAUGAGGUUUUAAAGUUUUAAGCCCAGGCACUAGGCAGUCAGGCAGGAUCGACUAGCCAUUGACCCAUCAACCAAACAGCUAUCCCCAACCCCAUCAAAAUCUUCUUCGCCGCUUUCCAAGGAGAGAGAUGGCGGCAUCAGCAGCAGCCGGCGGUGUUGGAGUAGACGUACGGAAGGCUCAUAUGGCCAUGGCGAUGGUUCAGUUAUUCAACGGAGGGUACCAUGUCAUAACCAAAGUGGCCCUCAAUGUUGGGAUCAACCAGCUUGUCUUUUGCGUCUUCCGCGACCUCAUUGCCCUUUCCAUCCUUGCCCCCGUUGCCUAUGUCCGUGAAAAGCGGGUAAGGCUACCGAUGACUAGACGCCUCCUCUUGUCAUUUUUCUUUCUUGGGUUAACUGGGAUAUUUGGGAACCAGCUUUUGUUUCUUAUUGGUCUUGGCUACACAAAUCCAACUUAUGCUGCUGCCACACAGCCUUCAAUUCCAGUCUUUACAUUUCUAUUCGCUGCAAUGAUGGGUACAGAAAGAGUGAACUUGCUCCGAACUGAAGGUCAGGCCAAGGUUGGAGGCACACUCGUUUGUGUUUUUGGUGCCAUACUAAUGGUUCUAUUCCGUGGCCCAGCUUUGAUUGGAGUUGCAGAACCAGACUUUUCAGUGCAAAAUGAAAUAAGUGCCAGGGGUCAGCCAGAGCCUGCUGGAUGGUUAAUGUCUAGUUUUAUGGAGUUCGGAAUUGACCAUUUCCACCUUGGAGUUUUAUGCCUAAUUGGGAACUGUAUGUGUAUGGCUGCAUUUUUGGCCAUUCAGGCUCCAGUUCUAGCAAAGUAUCCUGCCAGCCUAUCAGUCACAGCAUAUUCCUACUUCUUUGGUGCUCUAUUGAUGGUGACAACAGCAUUCUUUAUGACCAAUGAGUCAACAGACUGGAGUUUGACAAAGUCUGAGCUUUUUGCUGUCAUUUAUGCUGGAACUGUUGCAUCUGCCCUUAAUUAUGGACUCAUAACGUGGAGCAAUAAGAUGUUAGGCCCUGCUUUGGUUGCUCUUUACAAUCCACUACAACCUGCAGCUUCUGCCUUCCUUUCCAGAAUUUUUCUUGGAAGUCCCAUCUAUUUGGGAAGUGUUUUAGGGGGAUUUUUAAUCAUUGCCGGUCUUUAUAUGGUCACUUGGGCAUCUUAUAGAGAAAGACAAGCAGCCUCGGUGAUUGUUCCUACUCGGGCUACUGAGCCGCUCGUUCACAAAGAUCCAUCGAUUAACAAGAUAUCAUACCAGAGAGGUCUUAUUUUCUCAGGGCCUUCCACCACACUGCCAAAAUCCUCAGAUUAAGCCAUUAUGUGAUGGGAAGUGGUGUAAAGCUUUUCUUUUCUACCAUACACUUUGUUCGCAUAAGAUGGCACAUCUUGAAUGUCUUUUCUAUUCAUUAACUGUCUCUUGAAAUUAAUGUCCAGAGAAAUAUAAUUUUCUG